UAACAACCUAGUUGGUACUUGAUUGCUCUGGGUGCCGGGUUGUUGCAGGAUGUGGGAGCCUCGUGGAUGUAUUGGCGGGACAGCAUUCCAUUUUCCCACCCGUGUGUCCCAUUAUCUUGCCAUACCCCCGAGUGUCACCUUAUCUUCAGGCCUUGUCGCGACUCCGUCCUCUUUAUGUCUCAUUUUCGGAAACAUAACACCAGCAGGACUUGACGACAGAAGCUUGGACUCGCCUGGGUGAGUGUCACUUUUCCAGUAUACUUCUUUCCCAUCAGGUCCCUCCUGUUAGCCUUACUAUGGAGCAUAGAUUAGACUCUCGCUUCUCAAGUCAGAUCGAUAGUGAGUGUAGACGGAGUAUUUCAAUCUUUUCCAGGCGAGGGACAGAGCCCCCCAGACCGAAGACCUCGUCAAUCUACGAAGCUAUGGUUAACCCGACUUCGAGGAUGAACAAAACAGUCUCUCCGAGCAGCCCGAAGAAAGCUUCUUGGAUUAGCAAGCUGAGAUUCCCCUCGAGAGAACAAGAAGGCACAGUCCUGCAUGCAGUACCGCCGCGUGUAGCCACAUACUCUAUGUCGGCUUUGGAUAUUGCUAUGGCCGUUUCUCCAAACGAAGAGGUUCUACACGCUAUCGGAAAAAGGAACUCGACCAGCAUGAGCCCUUCUGCCACCACUCUCAACAACCGCAUCACAGCAUCUGGCAAUCAUCUCUAUGGAAUCUUCGAUAGCAGAAUUGGAGUCUGGCGAGAUGGAGUUGCACAAUGGGACGACAGGAAACCUCAACAAAACCUAGGAGCGCCGCUCGAAAGAACAGCUGACAUAUCCCGUCCGCGAAAGCUAGAUAAAACUCUUCGACCACAGCUUUCCGUGAGAAUUCCCGGCAGCAAACUGCGUCAGGUGCUAGGCGAAGAAGCACCUAUUACCCCGGAGCCUUCUAAGCCUGCUCGUGCACCAACGACCAGUAUUUCACGACGAUCGGUGUCGCCACAGAGUUUGAAUAUAAAUCAACGCUCAAUUCAUCCAGCUUUCCGCACGACAGAUUCUCUAGAAGAAAGUCAGGGCAGCGAAGCCAGAUCCCUAUCAAGCCGCGAAAAUAGCAGAUCCUCAGUCUCGAGCAACACCGUCUUCCACGACGAGAUCUUCGACGUCAUCUCGUGCUACAGCAAAAACUCGUCCAUGACAAGUUUGGGAGCAGACUCGCCAGAUGACGUUGUGCAGAACUCGCACUGGAACUUUCUAGACGUACCCAAGCGGUCUGCGAGCGCCGCCUUCUCUAUCACAGAUCCUGUGAAAGCAGGAAUAUUUGACGAUGUUAUAGAGGAUGGACAGGCUGCGCGCACUGCCUGUCUGUCUCAACAUCUUCAGGUUCCUGGUCCAACUCACAGAAAGCAACUGGAGGAAAAAGCAUCAAAUUAUCGCUCACCGAGUCCCACCUUGAGCGAGGCCGUUCACGAUCUACAAAUGCAUCUCAGCACGAUCACCGAGAGGCUUUCGCCCACAACCGCUGACGAGGGUGUCGUCUAUGAGACAUCGAAUCACGACCUCGUUCUGAAUAGUGUAUCUCGAGCGCCAACGCUGCCUAGAAAGUCACGUAAACGAGAGUGGCUCCAGACUAAAAGACCCAGUCUUGCUAUAGCUAUACCCGAGGCGGCAGAAGGUCUAGUGCGUCACCAGUCCGUACCCUCUCGCAAUCAAUUGUCAAAGGAUCAGCAAGACGAUGUUCGCAGGGUUUCGAGCGUGCGCUGCUCUGCUUUGAACGACGCCGAAUCAACAUGGUUGUCUUGGGACGUAUCCACUGUCAAGAAGCUCCCUGCCCUAGCAUUCGAGCAAGAGACAGUGUAUCAUCAAAUUUUGGCUUCUGCGUUGUCUUUUGAAGAUCUAAAGUCCUUGUCGAUGCUCACGAAAAAUACAAGAAGGUACUAUGAGGACAACAAAUUACGCCUCCUCAAGUCCGUAUUGUUCAAUGUGUCACCGCCGGCAUGGGAAUUGAGAGAGCUUUCGCCUUUUCCUUUUGGCAACUUCAUGGCAACAGACUUCUUCGAACACACUGAAAUCACGCCUUCGGCUUACAUGUCAUGCGUGUAUCACGAUCAGCGCAUCAUGCAAGAGUUGAAAGCAAUGCUAGCGACGAAGUGUCAGUCGUUCCUACGUCCAGAGACUGUGUCCUCUCUUACCACGCAAGGCUGUGCAAGGGUUGAUAACGCGAUAUAUCGUAUUUGGUCCUUCUGCAAGAUGUUUGGUUGCGACAGAGAACGUGAGCAUGAUCUUAGAGGUCAGAUCGACUGGCUGAAAGGCGGGGUUUUGGCGCAUCAGAAGGGCUGUGCUGCUACUUUGAGCUUCAGCCCGGAGAUCGAGAUGGAGGGCAUCUUGUUGAAUGCGCCAGACCAUUUCGCUGCUGGCAAUAUGUCUGGUCUUUCUGCGGAGCAACUCUAUGACAUGUUGGAGAUCUGGGAAUGCCUUUACUCAUUGAUGCAGCACUACGAAGGAGAGACAACCAAAGCACAAAACUGUGGCAUCUUUCGUCACACUGGCGGGCAAAUUGCAGAUCCUUUGGCACAGGGCCGUGUUAUCGAGGAAUGGAUUGCAUACAUCCUAUCACUCGGACCCUCUGUUGUGCUGGAGCUUGCGAGAUUCCAAGAUGCCUGUGCUGGUUUUGGCUUUGCGCAUCUAAACGAAUGGACUGACUGGACACCACCACAAUCUGGCAUGACCCGUCGCAGAUUCUUUCGAGAGCCUGUCUCCCAGCUUUACGAAGAACGACUACUUGCUUCCACAGCUAGCGUGCAUAUCAAAGAUGCAACCAAAGCAUUGCUUCGCAAGCGUCAGAAUGCGGAGAUCAACUUGGCUUACCGUCAGAUGUCUCUGAGGAACGCGAACCAAGUACAGUCGUCGUGUCUGCUGAGUCGACGUGAUAGUGCAGUCGCUCCGGAGGUGCUCAAGAGGCCGACUCCAAAGAGGCACUCAACACCCACCUCUCCUAGGUCUCCUUCCACCAGCACUCGAAGCGCUGAAAGAGUGCAGUCUCCAACAUGGUCACCAAGGAAGGUGAGCCCGAUCAUCGAGCAUAGAGUUGACACGUUCAACAGAUUGAGUAUGCUGAGCUUCGAGGGAAUGACCGAGGAUACAAGUGGCAUGGCUAUAGGCAAGAUCAUGGAAAUUGGGUUUUCGAAUGCGCAAGCAAAGGAAGCAUUGCGUGUCACAGAUAUGGGCAGCGGUCUAAGGGUGGACCGCGCAGUAGACUGGCUGUUCAGGAAGAAUUGGUUCUAGUUUUGCAUUAUGAGAGUAUCGCGGAGGCCGUUGAAUAGACAUUACCCCAAAUCGAAUGAAGAACACCGUCACAUGCAAGACAGUGCUCGGUAGACCCCACUUCGCCUUCGUGUUCUGAAACGAUCCUCUCAAAAUACCACCAAUCAAUCUGAGAAGCGUCCUUCUUGGUGACGAGCAUGGAGAUCGCGCUUCCGAGGCCAAGCAGAUAUGCGAAAAAAAAGCUUUACAUCCUCACAACAUUCCUAUAGAACUCAGUGACCACGACCGCAUAUUUCUGGUUGCACAGUGGCACUGUCAAGUCGAUACAAAACGACAACGUACGGGAAUGUGAGCAAAUGCUCGAUGGCGCGUGUAUGAAUGACAAUCUCUCAAUCUGUUGAAAUCCUGUAUGUACCACAUCUUACGGUUAGCGAUAGAGCAUGAUGAAAAAUGCAUCAAUUUACC